AUGAGUGCAUAUUUUGAGGCUCGUCAAUGGGAGAAGAACUUUGGGUUAUUAGAGGCCAACGAUGGGCAUCUGCUUGUCUCAAUAACGAAGAAAGAUGCAGUCAAUAUGUCGCAGUCAUAUGUAAACGAUGAGCAGUUGCUAUCAUGUUUAAGUUCCCACGAAUCAACUAGCUCGAAUUGGACUCUGAAACUGUUGAUUACCAGGAAGAGUCGUUACAGCAAAGACGAUAGAAGGAUUCCGUAUCCAGCCGAAAUCCUCGAAGCAUUCAUUACAUAUUGGAAGAUUGCGGACAUUGGCUUUCGUGCCCAAGCUAGGGCUGGUUCCUGUAGCCUCUCCUGUAGUCCGGUCCCUGGUGAUUCCUCAUAUACAGGUCUCAUUGUACGGCUUGUCUACGGCCUUCCCUUCCGCGGUAUGCUUAUUAUCACGCAUGAUCGUAACACCAACGCUACGUAUGCAGUAUGCUUCGGCAUCGCCUCAGAGCAUGCCAAUAGACUAGUCGCACGUUUGGAAGAAUCUCAAAGCUACGCUUCCUCCCCCAUCCACGUGGCUCUGCUGCUUUCCGACAUCGCCCUGGAAGAUCUUGAACAGUUCUCCACGAGCACAUACUGCGAUUUUGUGUCCGUCAGAGAAGCCAUGGGGACAAACUUAUACUCUCUAGCUGAAGAACGUGUCGCGCGCGCCCCGGAUUUGACCGAUAUGCCGCGGAGAUUGACUGCGUUGGCGAACGCGCUAGCUAGUAAUUGUUCAUCCUUGAAUGGCGUAGUUGACAUCGUUGACACAAUGGAGCUGUACUCGAAAGACUUUCAGAAGAGCUCCACCUGUGAGACCUCUGAUAUUGUCACGUUUGCAGAUAGAAUGGUACUUAUGCGCCAGACAAUCAGAAGUGCCUUGAGGAGAAACGAGUAUGUAAAAGCAUCGGUAGAGGCGCAAGUGCAGAUGGUCUACGCUCUUCGAGCUCAACAAGACAAUGAGAUGAGCCACCAGUAUGGCGCUGAUAUGCGGGUUAUAUCUAUCGUUACGCUCAUAUUCUUACCGGGAACGUUUGUGGCUACGCUCUUCAGCACCAGCUUCUGGGAUUUCGGGCCUUUGAACGAAGGUCCAUUGGUGUCGAAAUGGGUCUGGCUUUACUGGGUCGUUACGAUAGUACUGACUAUGUGUGUCGUUAGUGUUUGGAUGUGGUGGCCGUGGAUCACGAAGCUCAGUGAUAUGAAGUGCCAACCCUUCAAGGAUGCAAUGGAGAUGAUUGGAAAAUGGAGACACACUAAAAGACGACAUAUGCGAUCUUACUGA